UUGCAGGCCAACGGAGGGGUAGGAGACCAGGACAAGUACCGGUUCACCCGCGUCUUCGGCCCCGGCACGCCCCAGGAGUCGCUGUAUGAAGAGACUGCGCUGCCUAUGGUCAAGGGAUUGUUUGACGGUCAGAACGGGCUGAUCUUCGCCUACGGUCCUACCAACUCGGGCAAGACGUUCACGAUCCAGGGGGACAAGGGGGAGAAGGCCGGCAUCCUGCCGAGGUCGUUGUCGACGGUGUUCAACGAGGUGGACGAGAGGAACGCGAACUCUCAAGAGGACUGGACGGUGUGGGUGACCUUCAUGGAGAUCUACAACGAGAACGUGUACGACCUGCUCGACGUGCCUCCUGAUAAGACCAAGAACGAGCCCAGGAAAGUGUGCAAGCUCAAGGAGCACAACGGGCAGGUCCACAUCAAGGGGCUGCGGGAGCUGCAAGUGAGGAACCUGGAGGAAGCGAAGCAGGUGCUGCGAUAUGGCGCAAGGCACCGGCAGGUGGCGGAGACCAUGAUGAACGACGUGUCGUCCCGCAGUCACUCCGUGUUCAACAUCAAGCUCGUGCCCAACAGAGGGAGCGAGACGGACCCGACGGAACCUUCGCAGGUGUACAGCAAGCUGGCCAUCGUCGACCUGGCGGGGUCGGAGAGGGCGCUGAAGACGAAGGCGACUGGGGAGAGGCUGAAGGAGGCGUCCAACAUCAACGUGUCGCUGAUGAACCUGGGAAGGUGCCUGGAGGCGCUGCGGUGGAACCAGAUCAACCCGAACCGGGUGGCGCACGUGGUGCCGUUCAGGCAUAGCAAGCUGACUCGGAUCUUUCAAGAUCACUUCCUUAACGCAAGCAAGAUGGUGAUGAUCGUGGCUGCCAACCCGAACCCCUCGGACUUCGACGAGGCCCGACAGGCCUUGACGUACGGGGCGAUCGCCAAGGAGAUC